UCCAUUGAAGAGUAGUGGAUAAAGAAGUGGAAGAGGAGAGAAGAUCAAGAAAGAUGGUGAAAGAAGAGACCAGAAAGGGACCAUGGACUGAGCAAGAAGACCUGCAACUGGUCUGCUUCGUGACCUUGUUGGGCGAAAGGCGAUGGGAUUUCAUUGCAAAAGUCUCAGGUUCGCGGGGGGUUUGGCGGUGUGUUCUCUCAACACACACACAUGUUUGAAUCGAACAGGAAAGAGUUGCAGGUUACGUUGGGUUAACUACUUGCAUCCCGGUCUCAAACGCGGGCGAAUGACUCCUCAGGAAGAGCGUCUUGUUCUUGAAUUGCAUUCACGUUGGGGAAAUAGGUGGUCUAGGAUAGCACGGAAAUUACCAGGCCGCACGGACAAUGAGAUCAAGAACUAUUGGCGAACCCACAUGAGGAAGAAGGCUCAAGAAAGGAAACGAGCUUUAUCACCUUCAUCACCGUCAGCUUCCCAUUGCCAAUCCACAUCGCCUAGUAAUAAUCCUACAGUGGAGAAUUCUUCAUCUCAUGAAGAAGUCGGAACCCAAAAGGCCGAAAUGACCGAUAAUGGCGCCUGCAGUGAUCUAGCUACGCAAGGAGAGGAGAGCAUGGAAGAAGAUGCGAAGGGGUACUCCAUGGACCAGAUUUGGAAGGAAAUCGAUUUGUCGGAAAUGAUAAGUGGGCUGGUGGUCGACGAUUGCUCUAGGGAUCAUGCGGGGAACUUCUUUUGCACUUCCAUGCAUUCGCCGGUGUGGGAUUACCAUUACGAUUCCUCGACGUGGAAGACGGAAGAGGAAGAUCAGCUCAAGCUAUGGCUUCCCUUGGGUGAUCUCUUUGUGUCCAACUACCAACAUGGAAGAGAGUCUUAACUGCCAUAACUGUUUCUCUUCCAAUUUUGUCCAUAAAAGAAAUGUGAACUUUUAGCUAUAUGUAGAUAACCCCUACAGCAUGGGGACGUUUCAUGCCAUGUCUAUGUACCUCAUCACACAUCAUCAUGUAUGUGUCCAUGCAUGAAUACUAGUGUUUAUGUCUGUGUCUAUUCAUGUGUAUGUGAGAGGCCCAUGGAGCCUACUAAGAGAUUGAAAAAACCAUGAUGGAUUAUGAUGUAUGUACAUGAAUGUAAGAUGUUGAUCCUUGAAGACUAGUUUGGAAUUACUUUCAUGUAGAUCAAUAGAUAAUCGUUUUCUUCCCUAGAUUUGUGUUAGCUUGUAUCAAUUUACUCUUUAAAAAUAAACAUACCGCGCUGUUGUAAUGAGCGGUCACUC